AUGGACCUGGGGAAGCUUCGCUCGAUUAUCACUAUUCAUGGGACCUUUGAGGAUAGCCAGAGUCCGCUGCCUAUAUUCAAUGCAACAAGAGAGGAGAUAAAGUACACCAUGGGGACUGAAAGGUCUCUCGCAACGCUUUUGCGGUCACUCCAGACUGCGACAUCUCCACAAGACGCUCAUAGUCUCUUACCAUCAGCAUUGGGUCAUUUAACUCUACUCACCAAUCCAUUGAACGUCACGCUUCUAUCAACUCAGCUACUUUGCUCAGAAUCACUGUGGGAGCAGGCUCCCCUUGAUCUACACGCUUGUCGGCGGAUUCUGAGCGUCUUCAACACCGGUGCGAUCACCAUCGUAAACCAUGAAUCCGCUUACGAUCCGCACUCUCCGAACCUGCAACGACGUGGACUUCAACGGGAAGACUGGUUGAAGGCAGUGGUAAAUGGUGCGGACGAUAAAUCCCCACGAUGGCGCCAUCUCCUUCUACUUGGUGGACUUUUGCUAGGAUUCGAAGGCCAAAAUCGUCGAAGCUUACCGUAUAAUUUAAGGAAGAAACUCGAAGCUGCCCUAGUGACUGUUAUACAACUAUCUCUCGAGGAACUUGGAUCUACGCCGAAGAUAGCUGCUUACACCAUUGUUCUCGUUCUAAACUAUACCUUUGAGCUACUUUCAGAUUGGGAACGCAGUAGGAUUAAUUAUGAUAUCUUACUUCCCGUGCUAGCAGACACUGCAUUUCUCUCAUCUGAAGGACUUGAAUCUGGAUACUUCCUUGGCUCCAUCGAUAGAGGUAUCGAGGAACUCCGUGGCCAGGGCAAAUUUGGAUGGCCAGAAAACUCGCCAUCUUAUCACCAGGCCGCGGCUAUAUUAGCAAGGCCUCUUGUCUCUUCGUUUGGCCCGUUAUCUAGGUUGAUAGCCCAUGCAAUCGAAAACACUAGCAAUAGGGGCCAGGUGAUGCUGGUGCUGGACUCGCUCUUCGAGCUAUCAAGAACGCUGAUGGUUCAAUGGCGCCAGAACAAAUUAUCAGAAAUCGACCAAUCCGAGGAACCUGAAUUUUUAGAUGCGGCCUCGAUACAAACCACAGUCCCUACCUUAUGGAAAUUACUAAAUAUACCACUUUUUUCUUUCAUCAUUGUCCUCCGUGCAAUUCUAGGAAGGGUUCUUAACGAUCCUAUUCUGGCUUCCGAUAGGAGCAGCCCUUUCAUUGCUUCCAAAGCCCUAAAAUCUCUACGACACCUUUCCUUUAUUACUGCUAGAGCUGGAUAUAGUAGCUCGUCGCAAUAUGUCUUUGUUAAUCUCACCGCCAUUGACAUCCUCGCACAAUACCCUGACUUAUCAGAAGAUUUCUUGGAAGAGAUCCGGCCAUCCGACCCGUCAAAGAUUCCCGCUCAUCCACUCGACAGAUGUCUAGACCUCUUCUUCCUCAACACGGCUGAACAUUUCAGUUUGAUAGUUUCACCUGCGCUAAAUGAGCGCCUCCUAAUAACAGCAGCACAACCUUACCUUGCAUCCGGUGGGAACAACCACCUUUUGGAAAUUUUUGAAGCAGCCCACAGCGUGGUACUUGCCGUCCUUGCUGCUCCACAAAGCGCUGAUAUGGCCACAAGGCAUCUCCCGUACUACGUUGAUACCCUAUUUACCGUUUUCCCUCAGAACUUAUCCGCGAGACAAUUCCGGCUCGCGUUCAAAACCAUCCUCAAGAUAACGGCGCCUCCGUCCCCUCUUGCCAAUAGUCAACCUUAUCUACCUUCAGUUCUUCUUCAACUCUUAUAUGACAGGGCCUUAAGUGCGCCUACAACCCCACUUUUACCUCCAGCCACUGACUCGACUCCAAAACCAGCAUCCGAGGAUCUGUCUGAGCAGGCUGUCCUCGCGAUGACUAUAAUCGAUUCUUUGCCGUUUCUUCGAGUAGAACUGCUUGAAGAUUGGUUAGACCUUACGGCUGAUUUAAUAAACCACAUUCCUGAUAAAGAGAUGAGGAGAAAAUGUCAAGAGAGGUUUUGGGACACGCUGAGCAACGGGGACAUGGACGUUGAAAGGGCCAACUUUUGUGUGACGUGGUGGAGUACACGGGGAGGGAGAGAUAUGGUCUUACAGAAAUCAGAGGAAGAGGAUGCUCAGCUUUUGAGCAUGAGCGGUGGCUUGCUCUCACAACCCAUUCAGAGUAAGCUGUAG